CUUAGAAAGCUCAGCAGAUAAUGUGAUAAUCUGCUGAUGGAUUUAAGAAAUUUUAAUGUAAGAUAGCUACAAUCAUUAAAACUCAUAAAUUCAAUAUUUUUUCUAUUUUGUUAUUUGUUUCUUCACAAUUUCCAAUAUUAUAUAAAUUUCUUUCAAGGGCAACUUUAAAUUAUUCUGUGUUAAAGGCUUUUAUCACAAAAGAAAAUUGAUCACCUGAUAUUUCAUCUCUUUAAAAUAAAGCAUCUAAUGAAGACCCAAAUAUUUAGAUACUUGAAGAAACUUAAGAAGAGUAUAAAUAGGGAAUAAAUAUCUUGCCAAUAAUAUUCAAUGUCAAAAAAUUAACAAAUAAGCCUAUGCUACCG